AUGGGCAAAAAGGGAACCAAUUCGAAAGCAGAAGCUGCCAAUGCUAAAAAAGCCGCAGCAAAGGCAGAAAAAGACAAAGCAAAGGCAGCUGCUAACGAAGCUGCCGAAUCUGCCAAGUGGUCUCAAGGCGCUAAAAAGAACAAGAAGGACCUAGAAGAAGAAAAGAAGGCUGCUGCGGCUGCAAGAAAGGCUGAAGCUGCUCGUAUCUUGGCUGAAGAAGAAAAGCAAUUCAAAUCGAAGCCUGCAUUGAAGGGUGCUGAUAAAAAAGCAGCACAAAAGAGUGCCAAGGUGGAAGCUGCUGGUCAAUCGCGCCGAGUGAUUCCUGAAUUCUCUGCGACUGGUAUUGAUGACGCUUUGGAUCUCUUGUCACUGAAUGAUUCUUCUGUCAAGGCCAAGGAUAUUGAAAGACAUCCUGAGCGUCGAUUCAAGGCUGCCUUGAUGGCAUUUGAGGAACGUGAGAUGCCCAACUUUAAGCGUGAUAAUCCUGGAUUGCGUCAGAGUCAGUUGAAGGAAUUGAUUUACAAAGCUUUCCAAAAAUCCCCCGAGAAUCCAUUUAAUCAAGCUAACGUGUUGCAAUACAAUGCUACUCAAGAUGAUGCCAAGGCCUUGAAGGAAAAUAAAAACAAGGAGAUCGAAGGUCGUCUACGUAUAAAUUAG